GCUCAUGGUUUGUCAUUCUGUUUCCACAGAAAUUCACUGAGUAGUAGCAGUGCUCUUUGUAUCGCUGAUAUGCGAGUUUUUUCCUGGGAAUAUCAUUUUUAUGUUUUUCGUCAGGACACAUCAGUAGUUCCAAAACAAGGGAUUGCACCAAGACUCUAAAGAAUAAUGAGUCGUGGCAGAGAAUGAUAUGGAAUUAAAUAGCAUAAAAAUAACUUUGACUGAAAGAAAAAUACACAAUAGCAGUAACGAAAAUUUUAUAACAAACAGAAACUAUUCAUUUGAGAAAUAACAUGAAGAGACAGCCGUAUUCGCUACACGUACUAUGAUGACGUCACCAUAUGAUCCACACCAGAGCUCAGCAGUUCAGCAUCCCUUCACACCAAUCACAUCUCUGGAAAUGCUCCAGUCGCUGGUUGCUGAUUACUAUCGUUGUGGUGGUCAGUUGCUGGAUGACCACCUCUAAGUACCUGACCGUCCUCCUCGCUCACUGGUUGCCGGACGAAACCCCUCUGUUGCCAGAGGUUCCAUUAACGGCGUUGUCGUUAAUCUUUCAUCUCUUUCCAUCAUUGCCGAGUUUUUGCUAGUUACCCCAUAGCUGGACACUACCCCAUCAAGAUUAAAUACUCAUUUAGAGUUGAGAAGACUGAGGAAAUCGUGGAAAAGAUCCUUUCCCAAGAAAUCAACUCUGAAGAGAGAGGUUACUCAUCAAACGACUCAGUCCAUCGAUGAGCUAAACUACUCUGCCACGACAGAGGAUAUAAAACACCAAGAAAUGAAGGACACAAUCAGGAAAGAAUGUAUGAAGAUACUUAAAGCGAUACUCAAGUCAAAACUCAACGCCGGAAACAUGACGAAAGCUAUAAAGACAUGGGCAGGAGUAGCGGAUUGGACGACGGCUGAACUCUGGCAUAGACCGAGAAAGUAGGAAACACAUGACAAUACACAAAGCACUAUAACGUAGAGCAAAUACAGACAGACUAUAUAUAACACGAAAGGAUGGAGGGAGAGGGCUACUAAGUAUAGAGGAAUGCAUUAACAUCAAGAGCAAAGCACUGGGGCCAUAUCUGAAAACCAGAAGAUGAGUGGCUAUGCCGUGCAUGGGAAGGACGAUAUGGUUCUGAUUUCCUCAUCAGUGCAAGGUCUCCAACGACUCAUCGACACUUGCCGCCAAUAUGCAGAGGAAUUUGAUAUAAUCUACAAUGAAACCAAGACCCAGUGCAUGUCGCUGCUCCCGAGAUCGCUUAAGCAUAUUGCAGAACCACAAAUUUUCCUCGGAAACCAUCGGCUGGAAUUUGUGCACGAAUUUCCGUAUUUGGGUCACAUUAUCACCGACGACCUAAAAGAUACGGCAGACAUUGAACAGAGGCGUCGUAAACUAUGUGCAGCUGGCAACAUGAUUGCAAGGAGGUUUGCCUUCUGUCACCGAGACGUGAAACUGCUGCUCUUCCGCUCGUACUGCCACAGUAUCUAUGGGUGUUCCCUCUGGACGAACUAUACCCGAGAGACCAUGAGACGCAUCACUGUUGUGCACAAUGACAUUCUGAGACGCCUCACAAACACUCCCCGCUACCACUCCGCCACACAGAUGUUCAUAGGAAACCGCCUGAACAAUUUAAAAAUCAUUGUUAGGCGAACAAUGUCCAGUCUGGUAACCUGAGUGAGUAACAGCAGCAACUCGCUCAUACAAAGCAUCCUAAGGGGUGAAGCAAGAAGAAGAUCUAAAUUGUGGGAAAGAUGGGAAAAUGGGGCCUUUGUCCCCUAAAGGACUUAAUCUCUGUAUUGGCAAAAUGUCUUCCUCAGUUUUUGUCAUUAUUACAUUUAUUACUGUUAUUUUAAUUUUUCUUUAUUACUGUGAUUACUAUCAAGCUAAAUUUCUUUUUUACAUUCAGUUUUUGUAUUUAGCCCUCUGGACCUGACUACUGUAACCACCUAAGGUCUCUAGUUGAAAUUUAAGUUAUAUAGUUUGUGCACUAACUGUUAUUACUCUCAAUGCAUUUUUUUUUCUCACCAAUAUUAUUACUGUUAUUACCAGUAUUAUGAUUGCUAGCUUUUGUGCUACCUCAGCUAUUUUGUGGAUAAGUGCCGAUUAAUCAUUUUCUUUUUCUUUUUUAUCAUGCCUCAUGCACCUAGAUUGUGUAUAUUACUGUCUGUAUUUUGUAUAUUCAAUGUAUAUGGCCCUGAGCUGAAAUAAAGCAUAUUAUUAUUAUUAUUAUUAUUAUUAUUAUUAUUAUUAUUAUUAUGACCGAGUCCCGAGACAAGAGGUAUGGAGGAGCCUGAGGGAGAAGAUGGUGCCAGAGAAGUAUGUGCGAUUGAUAUAAGAGAUGUACCGGAAUGUAUUUACCAGAGUGAGGAGCAGUGUUGGGGAGACAGAAGGUUUUGAGGUGAGAGUAGGAUUACACCAGGGGUCGGCUCUGAGCCCAUUUAUCUUUAACAUAGUGAUGGAUGUUAUAAUAGAGGAAGUAAGGGAGACAGUACCAUGGAACAUAUUGUAUGCGGAUGAUAUUGUUCUGUGUGCAGAGAGCAGGGAAGAUCUGGAAGUGAAAUUGGAAAGAUGGAGACAAGUACUGGAGGACAGAGGAAUGAGAAUAAGUAGAUCCAAGACAGAAUAUAUGUGUACCACCACUGAGGGGGAUGAUAGAGAAAGUAUUCAGCUUGGUGGAGAGCAAAUAAGGAGAGUUGAUAAGUUUAAGUAUUUGGGAUCUUUUGUUAACGCUGGAGGAAGUAUGGAAGAAGAAGUAAAACAUCGGGUACAGGCAGGCUGGAACAACUGGAGAACGGCCUCUGGAGUUCUUUGUGACAAAAGAGUGCCGCUUAGGUUAAAAGGAAAAUUUCACAAGACGGUGGUAAGAACAGCAAUGCUGUAUGGUACGGAAACAGCAAGCAUGAGAAAAGCAGAGCAGAAGAAGAUGGAUGUGGCAGAAAUGAGAAUGCUUAGGUGGAUGUCUGGGGUAACAAGAGUGGAUAGGAUCAGAAAUGACUACAUAAGGGGGUCAACUAAGGUGGUGGAAGUAUCAAAGAAAGUGCAGGAGGGGAGGCUGAGAUGGUAUGGACACCUGUUGAGGAGAGAUGAGGACCACGCUGGGAGACAUACUAUGGGGGUGGAGGUGCAAGGAAGAAGAAAAAAAAGAGGGAGACCAAGAAAGAGAUGGAAGGACUGUGUGAGAGGAGGCUUACAUGAGAAGGGAAUUGAUGAGGCAGAAGCACAAGAUAGAAAUAGAUGGAAACGGCUCAUCCGAAACGGCGACCCCAUAUAAAAAUGGGAACAAGCUGGGAAGAAGAAGAUUAUUAUUAUUAUUAUAAAAGUAGAUGAAGACACAGAAAUAUGCAGGGACAAAAGAAUGAAAAAUAGAACAGAGGAAUGGCACUACAAACCAAUGCACAGACAGUAGUACACGAGAAAAACUAAAGAACUGGCCAGCGAUGAAACAUUGAUAGUAGGUACAGAGGGAAGAACUCAAGAAAGAAGCAGGGGUGCUAACAGCGGCACAAGAUCAUCCCCUAGGAACCAGAUAAUGUCCGAAGAGUAAUGGAUGGAAAUAACAUCUCACCCAUAUCCAGGAAGUGCAAUAUGAAAUACGAGACCAUAAGUCACUUAGCAAGCGAAUAUCCAGCACUUGCACAGAACCAGUACAAAAUGAGGCAUGAUUCAGCAACAAGCCCUCCACUGGAAUCUGCAAGAAAUACCAGCUACCUUGCAGAUAAAUGGUGCGAGCACCAACCUGAAGGAGUGAUAGAAAACGAUCAGACAAAGAUCCCCUGAGACUAUGGUAUCAGAACAGAUGAGACGUGCUAAUAGACCAGACGUGAUGUUGAUUGACAGAAUCAAGAAGAAAGUAUCGCUCACUGAUGUUGCCAUACCACGGGACAUCAGAGAAGAUGAGAAAGAAAAAAUUGAUAAGUAUCGAGACCUGAAACAUAAAUAAGAAGGAUAUAGGAUAUGCCAGUGGAAAUUGUGCCCAUAAUCAUAAGCAACACUAGGCACGAUCCCAAGAUCCCUGAAAAGGGACCUGGAAAAUCUAGAUACCGAAGUAAG